UCCGCCCCCAGGUUCCCCCUGUAGGGGGACGAGGCAAAGGUAGAAGCACCUUGCUGCUCAGCCUGUGAACUUGGAAGGGGCUGCAGCUGCAAGCUGAGGCCACCGGUUUCCCCCGCCAGAGGAUCGGCCGGCCGCUCUCCAUGGUACUGCGGAGAGCUCAGCUCCGCCCUUCUCUUUCAGAAGGACAGCACCCGGCGUCACGUAACCCAGCCUUCUCGGGCUUCACCACCGCCUCUUCCUUCCCUUUUUCCCUCUCCUCCUCCUCCUCCUGCUCCCCCUGCUGCUUCCCUCCGCUGCAUGUUCUUCCCUUCCGCACUCUUGGAGAUAGACGCUCAAGCCUGACGCCUCGGAAAAAGGCAGCAGCAGUCGCCUUAUCCUUACACCUCAGAAAAUUCGCUUUGACCAUGCAUGCUUCAGGCUCUGGAUCGAGCUAAGGGGAAUAACCAGGCAGAUCUCUGGGUCCUUAUCAAAAGACAAAAUAAAAUAAAAAUGCAUCACCAAUAUACAACCAAUUGACAUGCUGGCAUCUUAGGGUGGCCUUGCAGAGACGGAGAAAAGAGAAGAGCUGUUGGGAUGUUAUUUCACCAUCUAACAGCUUCUGGCUGUUUCACAACAGGGUUUGAAAUCUACUGACAGGGCUGGUAAACAGAAAGUGAAUCAGCCUGGGAGGGCGUGCCAGGGAAGUUUGGCCUUGGCUUCAGUGGUACUGGAAGCCCAUGGUAUGACAGAAGAAGCAGGCCUCUGAAGCUAUUCUGGCGCUACUUACUCGUGCCCUUUCUCCAUUUAUGCUGGGAGCCAACAUCUGGAGUGUCCUCUAGGCCUUCCAAGCAGCCAAAGAUAGUGGCUCAUUGUUGGCUUCCUGUCACUCCCUGAAAAAAAGUGUGUGUUUCCUCCUGACUCUGCUUUCCUUUUGCUGGCACCACAGUAGUGGUCCGUUGCAGGUGUUGUUCCUGGAAGACUGAAGAAUUUGUUGGCAACAACAGAUGACCUUACUUUGCAUCCUUGGAUGCAAAUGGAUCAGUGAUUUUCCUUGAGCCUCGGCGGCGAUCAUUUUCUGAACGUUGUCUCCAAAGUGUAUCCUCCCUUUGGUCUGGAAGUUCUGUUGCUACCUUGUGCAACUGGGACCUCUGCUUUCCAGUUGGAAAGGGACUACUGGGAGAGAGGAACGGGUUGCUGGAAGAGAAGAAGAAGGAAAAAAGGAGCUAAAGGAGCGUGUGCCCCUCCAACCUCCACCUCCCUUGUGCCUCCCACUACUCUGUGGACCCCCAUUUCUCCGUGACGGUGUCCAGUACCAUUUCGACCCUGUCGCCCCCGGCUCCCCCCCGCCGCACCCCAGCCCCGAGCAUGGGGACGGCGCUGGUCCAGCGCGGGGGCUGCUUUCUCCUAUGCCUGUCACUGCUGCUCCUGGGCUGCUGGGCAGAGCUGGGCAGCGGGCUGGAGUUCCCGGGCGCUGAGGGCCAGUGGACGCGCUUCCCCAAGUGGAACGCAUGCUGCGAGAGUGAGAUGAGCUUCCAGCUGAAGACGCGCAGUGCUCGCGGCCUCGUGCUCUACUUCGACGACGAGGGCUUCUGCGACUUCCUGGAGCUCAUCCUGACGCGCGGGGGCCGCCUGCAGCUCAGCUUCUCCAUCUUCUGCGCGGAGCCCGCCAUGCUGCUGGCGGACACGCCGGUCAACGACGGGGCGUGGCACAGCGUGCGCAUCCGCCGACAGUUCCGCAACACCACGCUCUACAUCGACCAGGCCGAGGCCAAGUGGGUGGAGGUCAAGUCCAAGCGCAGGGACAUGACGGUGUUCAGCGGGCUCUUCGUGGGCGGGCUGCCCCCUGAACUGCGCGCCGCGGCCCUCAAGCUCACGCUGGCCUCGGUGAGGGAGCGCGAGCCCUUCAAGGGCUGGAUCCGCGACGUCAGGGUCAACUCAUCGCAGGCGCUGCCAGUGGACAGCGGCGAGGUCAAGCUGGAUGAUGAGCCGCCCAACAGCGGCGGCGGGAGCCCGUGCGAGGCGGGCGAAGAGGGUGAGGGUGGCGUGUGCCUCAACGGAGGCGUGUGCUCGGUGGUCGACGACCAGGCCGUGUGUGACUGCUCCAGGACAGGCUUCCGCGGCAAGGACUGCAGCCAAGUAUCAAUAGAGUACAUCUCGAACACAGACGGUCUGGCGCACCUGAUGAUGGGCGACCAAGGAAAAGAAGAGUAUAUUGCCACGUUCAAGGGAUCUGAAUACUUCUGCUACGACUUGUCUCAAAACCCCAUUCAAAGCAGCAGCGACGAAAUAACUCUAUCCUUUAAAACUCUUCAGAGGAAUGGACUGAUGCUUCACACAGGGAAAUCAGCUGACUAUGUCAAUCUUGCCUUGAAAAAUGGAGCUGUCUCUCUGGUCAUUAAUUUGGGAUCAGGGGCCUUUGAAGCGCUAGUGGAGCCCGUGAACGGAAAGUUUAAUGAUAAUGCCUGGCAUGAUGUGAAAGUCACCAGGAAUCUGCGUCAGCACUCAGGCAUUGGACACGCUAUGGUGACAAUAUCAGUGGAUGGGAUUCUUACCACAACGGGCUACACGCAAGAAGAUUACACCAUGCUGGGCUCUGAUGACUUUUUCUAUGUUGGAGGCAGUCCCAGCACAGCCGACCUUCCAGGGUCACCAGUCAGUAACAACUUUAUGGGCUGUCUCAAAGAGGUUGUAUAUAAAAACAAUGAUGUAAGGCUGGAGUUAUCUCGACUUGCCAAGCAAGGAGAUCCUAAGAUGAAGAUACAUGGUGUGGUGGCAUUUAAGUGUGAAAAUGUGGCAACCUUAGACCCAAUAACUUUUGAAACUCCAGAGUCUUUCAUUUCUUUGCCUAAAUGGAAUGCAAAGAAAACAGGCUCUAUAUCAUUUGAUUUCCGUACAACAGAGCCAAAUGGCCUCAUCUUGUUUAGCCAUGGCAAGCCAAGACAUCAAAAGGAUGCCAAGCACCCACAGAUGAUCAAGGUUGACUUUUUUGCUAUUGAAAUGCUGGAUGGCCAUCUGUACCUCCUCUUAGACAUGGGGUCAGGUACUAUAAAAAUAAAAGCCCUGCAGAAGAAAGUGAAUGAUGGAGAAUGGUAUCAUGUGGAUUUCCAGCGGGAUGGACGGUCAGGUACCAUUUCUGUCAAUACACUACGCACUCCCUACACAGCUCCUGGUGAGAGUGAGAUCCUGGACCUAGAUGAUGAGCUGUAUCUGGGUGGCUUGCCAGAAAAUAAGGCUGGCCUUGUCUUCCCCACCGAGGUGUGGACUGCUCUGCUCAACUAUGGCUAUGUGGGCUGCAUCCGGGAUCUGUUCAUUGAUGGCCAGAGCAAAGACAUCCGGCAGAUGGCGGAAAUUCAGAGUACCGCUGGAGUGAAGCCAUCCUGCUCAAGGGAGACAGCAAAACCGUGCCUUAGUAAUCCCUGCAAAAACAAUGGCAUGUGCAGGGAUGGUUGGAACAGAUAUGUCUGUGAUUGCUCUGGAACAGGCUAUCUCGGCAGGUCCUGUGAGAGAGAGGCAACGGUUUUGAGCUAUGAUGGGAGUAUGUUCAUGAAAAUCCAGCUCCCGGUGGUGAUGCACACUGAAGCUGAGGAUGUGUCCUUACGGUUCAGAUCCCAGCGUGCGUAUGGUAUUCUGAUGGCAACCACUUCUAGAGACUCAGCGGAUACCCUUCGACUGGAACUAGAUGCGGGACGUGUGAAACUCACGGUCAAUCUAGAUUGUAUCAGGAUUAACUGUAAUUCCAGCAAAGGUCCUGAGACCCUUUUUGCUGGCUAUAACCUCAAUGAUAAUGAAUGGCACACAGUGCGUGUGGUUCGUCGAGGAAAAAGUUUAAAGCUAACAGUGGAUGAUCAACAAGCCAUGACAGGGCAAAUGGCAGGUGACCAUACACGACUGGAGUUUCAUAACAUAGAGACAGGCAUCAUCACAGAACGACGCUAUCUUUCUUCCGUCCCCUCCAACUUCAUUGGACAUCUGCAAAGCCUGACUUUUAAUGGAAUGGCAUACAUUGACUUGUGCAAAAAUGGUGAUAUAGACUACUGUGAGCUCAAUGCCAGGUUUGGCUUCAGGAACAUCAUCGCAGAUCCUGUUACCUUCAAGACCAAAUCGAGCUAUGUUGCCUUAGCUACAUUGCAAGCCUACACCUCUAUGCAUCUAUUUUUCCAGUUCAAGACAACAUCCCUAGAUGGACUAAUUCUAUAUAACAGUGGGGAUGGAAAUGACUUUAUUGUGGUUGAAUUAGUUAAAGGGUACUUACAUUAUGUGUUUGAUUUGGGAAAUGGUGCUAACCUCAUCAAAGGGAGCUCAAAUAAACCACUUAAUGACAAUCAGUGGCACAAUGUAAUGAUUUCAAGGGACACCAGCAAUCUCCACACUGUAAAAAUCGACACAAAAAUCACAACGCAAAUCACUGCGGGAGCCAGAAACUUAGACCUCAAGAGUGACUUGUAUAUUGGAGGAGUGGCUAAAGAAACAUACAAAUCCUUGCCGAAACUGGUCCAUGCCAAAGAAGGCUUUCAAGGUUGCUUGGCAUCUGUGGACUUGAAUGGCAGGCUUCCAGAUCUCAUCUCGGAUGCUCUUUUCUGCAAUGGGCAAAUUGAAAGAGGAUGUGAAGGACCCAGCACAACGUGCCAAGAGGACUCAUGUUCAAAUCAAGGUGUGUGCUUGCAGCAAUGGGACGGCUUCAGCUGUGACUGUAGUAUGACUUCCUUCAGUGGGCCACUCUGCAAUGACCCUGGGACAACGUAUAUCUUUAGCAAAGGUGGUGGACAGAUCACGUAUAAGUGGCCUCCUAAUGACCGACCCAGUACACGAGCAGACAGGCUGGCCAUAGGGUUUAGUACUGUUCAGAAGGAGGCAGUGUUGGUGCGAGUGGACAGUUCCUCAGGCCUGGGCGACUACCUUGAGCUUCACAUACACCAAGGAAAAAUUGGAGUUAAGUUUAAUGUUGGGACAGAUGACAUCGCCAUUGAAGAGUCCAAUGCAAUCAUUAAUGAUGGAAAAUACCAUGUAGUGCGUUUCACGAGGAGUGGUGGCAAUGCCACGUUACAGGUGGACAGCUGGCCGGUCAUCGAGCGCUACCCUGCAGGAAACAAUGAUAACGAGCGCCUGGCGAUUGCUAGACAGCGAAUUCCAUAUCGACUUGGUCGAGUAGUUGAUGAAUGGCUACUCGACAAAGGGCGUCAGCUCACAAUCUUCAAUAGCCAAGCAACCAUAAUAAUUGGCGGGAAAGAGCAGGGCCAGCCCUUCCAGGGCCAGCUCUCUGGGCUUUACUACAAUGGCUUGAAAGUUCUGAAUAUGGCAGCAGAGAACGAUGCCAACAUCGCCAUAGUGGGGAAUGUGAGGCUGGUUGGUGAAGUGCCUUCCUCUAUGACAACUGAGUCGACAGCCACUGCCAUGCAGUCAGAGAUGUCCACCUCAAUCAUGGAGACCACCACAACCCUGGCCACCAGCACAGCUAGGAGAGGAAAGCCCCCCACGAAAGAACCCAUCAGCCAGACCACGGAUGACAUCCUUGUGGCCUCAGCAGAGUGUCCCAGCGAUGAUGAGGACAUUGACCCCUGUGAGCCGAGCUCAGGUGGGUUAGCCAACCCCACCAGAGUGGGCGGCCGCGAACCUUACCCAGGCUCUGCAGAGGUGAUCCGCGAGUCCAGCAGUACCACUGGCAUGGUGGUGGGCAUUGUCGCCGCCGCCGCUCUGUGCAUCCUCAUCCUCCUGUAUGCCAUGUACAAGUACAGAAACCGGGAUGAAGGGUCAUAUCACGUGGAUGAGAGUCGAAACUACAUCAGUAACUCAGCACAGUCCAAUGGGGCCGUGGUCAAGGAGAAACAGCCCAGCAGUGCGAAAAGCGCCAACAAAAACAAGAAAAAUAAGGAUAAGGAGUAUUAUGUCUGAUCUCAAGAUUCGAAAAAGACACUUGUAUAGAAAUAGUCUUCAUUUUAUCUGAGACAUAAUAUAAACUUAUUUACUUUCCUUUUUAUGAAGCACAUACAAAAGAAGACAGGGAAUGCAAUCAGGAGGGAAAACUCUUUUUAAAAAAACAAACAAGUAUCUCAUGCUCUUGUUUCUCAAAAACAUAAACAAAAAAAAUGAGAGAGAAGAAAGGAAGGGAAAAUACUAAAACAAACAACUACAACAACAACAAAAACAGGGGCCAAUAAAUUCCCUCACAUCCGCAGUGUUUUCAUUUACUCUGCCUGUCUUUAUGUUGCCGGGACAUUCUAAAGACGGUGAGGACCGCACGCAUUCAUAAAGCGAAGGAGUAUUACAUCGAGGCACAAAACCAACACACAACACAACACACACACACAAAGAAGCUACCUAUGAUCCUGGAUUCAGCCAAAGUGCUAGCGCUUUCCGGAGGAGCCAUUCAGGUGGACUGCCACAGGAGAAAGUCCGUUUGUGGGACCAUCUGCAGAUCAGGAGGAGUUGGCGAGCUGCGGCAACUGGAGCAGGGGUUGGAGCUUGCGUUUGAGACAAAGUGCUGGAGUUUUCGAAUACUUGUGUAGGAAGGCAUUCAAAAGCCCCUUUCUGUUUGUGAGAGAAUUAAAAAAAAAGUAUGGAGGCCUUAUUUUCAAAAAUGUGAAAUAUAAGGCACAUUUCACACUAAAGUUUCAAAACAAAAAUGAGAGGGCAUAGAUGCAAUCAUUGGGAAAUUUUCAUGCACGCUUACUAUGUUAUUACAUAUGUUUAUAUAAAACCCAUCUCUGUGUGCUUUCUGGACUGUGAUAAGUGACGUUUUAUAGCCUGUUGUAUAGAAAAUACAAAAUAUAUCUCUGCUCUUCAGCCAUUUUUGGUAAAUUCAAUGUUAUAAGUGUUGCUAAGUAUAGGGAGUUUUAUGACAUUGAAGCAACAAUUAUUUCAGACUGAUUUUUUUUGCCACCAUUAUAAAUUCCCACAAUUACUUACUUUUUUAAACAAAAAUUACAGUGUAGUGUUUAUUCUAAGAAAGAUAUGUAUGAAUGUAUAUAAAAGAACUCAGCUACUUCUUUUCUUACAUGUAUAGCCUUCAUUCUGUUGCAUUAUUAAGUUUUAGUAUUUGUAUGAAAGGUGUGAAUUAGAAGGUGAAAUAUAUACCUAAGUAUCAUACAAUCCUUUCUUUCCCCCAAUUAUUUAUAUUUCUAUAUAUGUUCAACACACACACACACACACACACACACACACACACACACACACAGCCAUCUGAUCUGAUGGAACACCAAACCACACAAAUAUUGACAAAUGAAAAGUGUGAAGAAAGACAGUUGUGCCAAGGUACUAUGACAAAUGGGUGAUAUGCUUCAUUGAAAUCCUGAUGCCAGGGAACCUCCAGUCCUUAGUCCUACACAUGGGAACUUUUUUUAAUGAAAUAGAAGAUAGCCACCACUGCACACAUGUACGUCACUCUAAGGCACGCUACAGAAAUCAUGUUGGCAAACUCUGGCUGCUGCAAUGAAAACUUUUUCCCCGUAAAAUCAUAUAUAUUCUCUGAACAUGACGUGCGUGAUCAAGCUUUAUGGAAAGUAAACAUUUUUUUUUCAACUAAACAAGUAUUCUCGGUAAUUUUUGAUUCUGUAUUACUACCCAUUAAAAUCAUUCUAUAUUUGUUGACAAUUGACUAAAUUUUAACUUUUCUGGAUUUACAUCUAUAUCAUUAAACGUAGUUUAGUUUAACAUACAGUAUGUAGUAGUGAAGUAUAGAUUACACACUUGUUUUGCAUAUUGUUUCAAUGAUGUUCAUAGCAAUAAAUUGUCAAUGUGAGAAGGUGAUGCUUAGGCUGCAGGGUGAUGCUUCUGUAAAAACUGGUCAAAUGACAUAAACAUCUUCUAAAAGAUUGAUGCUAGGAUUCAUAAAAGAGAAGGAUACCAUUACAAUCAGCUUUAAUCAGCAAGGCAAAAAAAAAAAUACAAAACACCUUUUGUGAUACUUUAGUUGAUGAAAAAUAUGCCAAGAAGUGGCCUGGAUUUCAAACAUAACAGUACCUUAAAAAUACAUAUAUAUCAUAGCAAAUCAUGAUGAUCUACAGCUGCCAAGUAAUUGUGUAAGAAGUCUUAAAGACUUUUCAUCACCUGGAAAAUAGAUGGCAUAAAAUUUAAUACCCAUUAAUUCUGUUUCAAGUCUUCAUAUAUUUUUAUUUUGCCAGGUUAAAAGAACUCACAAGUCUUUUCUCCCUACCCCUCUCAUUCAGUCUUACUCAGGGAAAGCCAGAGAAAUAAAAAGGAACAUAAAACCACUAAUUUACAGAUUAAACAUAAUAUAUACAUAUAUAUGUAUAUGUAUGUUUGCUUUUCCAUUGUGUCUACUUAACUAAAACUACUUUCAUUUGGAAGGAUUCUAAAAAAUGAUGAAAAAAAUUUGAUUUGUAGUAUUUUAAAGUGGUCUAGCUGGGAGGCUUGUUAUUUGUAAUUGAUUUCAGUGUUUCUACCGAGCAUAAAUUUCAAAUUUUCACACACUGAUAUAAACUUAUAGUGCUGGUAAAAACAUAUCUAAUUUUAUUGAACUACACAAAACCUAGCAAGUUUCCCCCCCUCCCUGAAUGGAGAAGGAAGAGAGGACUAUGAAUUGUUGAAGGAAAAAGACUUGAAUAAAGCCCAAAUAUCUUUCUACUAACCAUACCCAUCAUGGUCCAUGUGUCACUUGAAACUCACAAAGGACUUCACACUACCUGGCAUAAACUGAUCACAUCUCUCUUGAUUGUAACUUUUCUGAUUGAGUAUGCUUCUUUUUUUAUCCAUGUAAUGUGUUGCCUUUAAAAAAAAAUGAUGACUACAAUCAUGUAUGGAAUCCCUAAGAAGUCAGAGAAAGGCCACUUUAAUUAUACCCUUCUAGUGCUUCGGGUGACUGGGUAUCUAAGGGGUUUGUUUUACUUUGUUUCUCUGUUGCAAGGCCAAUCUAUCCAUUAUUGGAAAUGCUAAGCAAGUGGAAUUUACUGUUUUGUUAAUAAAAUAUUUCUUAAUACAACUGCGGAUUAUUGACUUUAAAAAUUGUACGCGACACCAUUUUGUCACUGAAUUGAGCAGUGAGGAAGACUGCAUUUGAA